CGUGUUAGAGUUUCAGAUGGCAAUGCCGGUCAAAAACAACCCCACACCAUCAUUAUAGGCCUACAAUAGAGAGACGUUCUAUUUUUGCCGUUCUGUCAGACGGUUUUAAACGGUUUUAAAAGUUUCAGAGUCCACAAAAACGUGGCGACUUAAGUACUGCUGGAAACUACUUUUUCCAUGAGGGACUGUCUGCUCAAACGAAGCAGGUUGAAAGAGGUGGACGGCCAACCGUCAUUUCGCUACACCACAAUUCCAGAGUAACCCCUACCUCCCUCUAGCUCCACGCGCCUUUGGCACAGCUCAACAGCUGGAUGAUACCCCAGUCGCGCGCGCUCCAAACGUGUUACCUCGGCUCCCUCAUCUCUCAGAACAUUUCAGGGACACCGCAGAAAGCCGCAGGACAAACGUUUUUGUCAUGAAGUGAUAGUCGUGAAGUCUUCAGGAUCCAAAGAAAGCCUACAUUUCCUGCUUACAGCCAGCAGAAGCCGCAUCCGUGAUGCUCCCUUCCAGACUCCCCCACCACGGGCCUCUGAUGGCCCUGCUGCUGGGUCUCUGGUUGUCGCCUUGCCUGUGCCAAACGACACCCCUGGAGAAAGACGAUGGCAAGAUCAAGUUUCGCCUGGCCGGGUACCCGCGCAAGCACAACGAGGGCCGCGUGGAGGUCUUCUACAAGGGCGAGUGGGGCACUAUCUGCGACGACGACUUUACGAUGGGCAACGCUCAGGUGCUGUGCCACCACCUUGGCUUCGUCUCUGCCACGUCCUGGUCGCACAGUGCCAAGUACGGGCCUGGCACAGGAAAGAUUUGGCUGGACAACAUGAUCUGCAGUGGCAGUGAGACGAGCAUAGAAAAGUGCCACUCGCGUGGCUGGGGCAACAGUGACUGCACUCACGACGAGGACGCUGGCAUCAUCUGCAAGGACGAGAGACUUCCUGGCUUUAUGGACUCCAACAUCAUUGAGAUGCAGGUGGAUGAGAACCGUCUGGAGAAGGUCAGGCUGCGGCCGCUGUCUGCUGGGGCGUCUGCCAGGCUUCCCAUCAGCGAGGGGGUGGUGGAGGUCAAGCAUAAGGACGGCUGGGCCCAGAUCUGCAACCUGGGCUGGACGGCCAAGAACUCACACGUGGUCUGUGGCAUGAUGGGGUUCCCCGCGGAGAAAUUCGGAGCUAAGAUUCAGCACAGUUCUCAUGGGUCGUUUCGGAUGCACUCGGUCUCCUGCACUGGUAAGGAGGUCCACCUCGCGGGCUGCAGUAUGGAGUUCAGCAAACCCAACGCUAGCUAUCCGUGUGCGGGCGGAGGGCCGGCUGCUGUCAGCUGUGUGGUGGGGCCCCAGUUUACGCAAGCCAGCAGGGGUCACAAGAGGAGGCACAAGCUCGCCAUGCCGCCAGGCAAGGUGCGUCUGAGGGGCGGUGCCCGCGUUGGCGAGGGGCGUGUGGAGGUGCUGAAGGGCAGCGAGUGGGGCACGGUGUGUGACGACCGCUGGAACCUGCAGUCGGCCAGCGUGGUGUGCAGGGAGCUGGGUUUCGGCAGUGCCAAGGAGGCGCUCACCGGCGCACGCAUGGGCCAGGGCAUGGGUCCGAUCUACAUGAAUGAGGUCCAAUGCACUGGUCAGGAGGGGACGCUGUGGGACUGUCCCCACAAGAGCAUCAGCACAGAGGACUGCAAGCAUGUGGAGGAUGCCUCGGUCAAGUGCAACGUCCCUUACAUGGGCUACGAAAAAACGAUCCGUCUGACUGGCGGCCGUGCCCAGCUAGAGGGCCGAGUGGAGCUCCUGUCCCCCAACGGCACCAAGUCCUGGGGACUGAUCUGCGGGGAUGGCUGGACGGUGCGAGAGGCCAUGGUGGUGUGCCGACAGCUGGGCCUCACCUAUGCCAACAGCGGCCUGCGAGAAACGUGGUACUGGGAUGCCAGCAACGUGACGGAGAUGGUGAUGAGCGGGGUGAAGUGCGUGGGCGAUGAGAUGUCGCUGGCCCACUGUCGUCAUGACCGCACAGUCAGCUGUCGCCGAGCAGGGGCCCAGUUCGCUGCCGGGGUCAUAUGCUCAGACACGGCCUCGGACCUGAUCCUGGACGCUCUGCUGGUGGAGCAGACGGCGUACAUCGAGGACCGUCCACUGCACAUGCUGUACUGUGCGGCGGAGGAGAACUGCCUGUCCAAGUCGGCGGCCCGGGCCAACUGGCCCUACGGCCACCGCCGCCUGCUGCGCUUCUCCUCCCUCAUCCACAACAUCGGCCGUGCCGACUUCCGGCCCAAGCUGGGACGUCACUCCUGGGUCUGGCACGAAUGCCAUAGGCAUUAUCACAGCAUGGAUAUUUUCACCCACUAUGAUCUCCUUGACCUGAACGGCACCAAGGUGGCAGAUGGACACAAGGCCAGCUUCUGCCUGGAGGACACAGACUGCCAGGAGGGUGUGUCAAAGCGCUAUGAAUGUGCCAACUUUGGUGAACAAGGCAUCACAGUCGGCUGCUGGGAUGUGUACCGGCAUGACAUUGACUGCCAGUGGAUUGACAUCACUGACGUCAAACCUGGCAACUACAUUAUGCAGGUAAACAUUAACCCGAACUCUGAGGUUGCAGAGAGCGACUUCACCAAUAAUCUUGUGAGGUGUAAGUGUAAAUAUGAUGGCAACCGUGUUUGGCUUCACAAGUGUCACUUUGAUGGAUCAUAUAGUGAUGAGGAAGAAAAGAUGUUUGAUCAUUAUCCAGGACAGCACAACAACCAGAUUUUAUAACACUUGCAACUAAGAGAUUUUUGUAUUCCGUUUUCAUCUGCUUUGUAUUAACAGGAUGUAUUUUUUAAAUCAUACCUUUGUGCAAAAUGCAAUGUACAUUGUCAAUACAGGGGACUUUUCACAACUGUGGUCAUUUUGAUUUAUCACACAAACUUUGGGAAAUACAUUUCCAAAAAGUAAAAAGGACAGAUCUGUUUCAAGCUGACAGGCUUGGACAUGUCUGAAGUGGUUUGCCAGCCUUAAGAUAACCUCACUAAACAAGUUUGUUACAGUAUCCCAAUUCAAAAACUACCAUUAGGUCUUAAAUGUGGUACUGUAUUUGAGAGUACCAAUCUGGUAGCCUGAUUAUAGUCGACGCUUAAAUCUCUUCAAGACUUCUGACCAAGAGCAUAACCAUUAACAUUUCCCAAACAGCAUGUUUGACCCACCUCCCUUAGUUUGCUUACCGACAAAAUCCGAAUUCUUGUUUGAGAACUCAUUGCAUUGCUCGACCUGACUAGUUGCAACGCUGAAGAUGUUGCAUCACUAGGAGGGCGUGGCCUGGCAGGUUAGAACAAAAAAACAGAUGUGGACGCUCAGCAUCUUUGCUAUCAAAACUUCCCACUGCAGAAAACCAAUCUCAAUUCAUCACAACCAAUGAAUUGCAAUGUAAGGGCUUGAGUUCUCAGCAGUAAAGUUGCUAAAGUUCUGAAGUUGUAUUCUUUGCCAAGGCUACCUUGUAUUCAUAUUGUUAUAAACGCAUAUUUUAAUAAACAUAAAUUACCAACCAAGCCAGUCCUACCAGCUAGAUCAAGACAAAAAAAAAUGAAGGAAGCAUCGUAGGGGUUUUGUUUUUUUUAUUGCCAAACGAACAAGGGAAUACAACGUAGAGUUGUCAGAGACGACAUACGUAGUAAAAAAAAUAGGAAAAGGAAAAACACAUAAAUGGAAUUUAGGGGGUAAACAUGGAAGAAAA